AUGAGAUUAAAUGAGAGCUUUGCACAUUCCUUAAAUAUAAAAAAAAUGAGAAAUGAUUUUAUAAAAAGUAUUAUGAAAGAUGAAGAAUAUAAAAAAAAGGAUGAUAAAAAAAAAGAGAUCGUUAAAUCAUGCAAGAGUUAUAAAGACUUUUGCAAUAUAGUUGAUUCUGUGAAUAUGAAACCUAUUAGAAAAUAUGAAGAAAAAGUUACAUAUGAAGACUAUAUAAACUUAAACUUCGGUUCUAAUUCUAAAAGUGAAUAUCUUCAAGAAAAAAAAAGAAAAAAUAAUUUAAAUUUUAUGAUUAAUCAAUUUAAAAUUAACAAUAAAAAGGAAAAAGUUCUCUCUUUAAAUGAUGAAAAUUACAAAUCUAGUGAAAUAAAACAAUUUUUAAACAUUCUAAAAAAUAAUAAGGAAAAUUAUUAUCGUUUUAUAAAGUCUAAUUACAACUGUGAUGAUGUUAAAUAUAUUAUAUGUAUGAUUAAAGAUAAGAUGAAUAUUUUGUUUGAAAAUAACUAUUUUAAUGAAGAAAAUGAUGUAGUAGAUGAUGAAAAUAGUCAAAAAAAAGAGUACAAUUCCAAUUUAUUAAAUACAAUUAACUUUCUUUUUUAUUUAUCUAAACAUUGGAGUGACGAAAAAUUCUCUAUAUUUUUUAUUGAAGAAGAAUUAAAUGAUAUUAAUUUUAAUAUAUAUACUAUAAUUGAAGAAAUAAAAAAAAAAUAUAAUAAAAAUGAUGAAGUAAUAGAUAAGUUGAAUUAUAUAAAAAGCAUAUUUUUUAAAUAA